AUGACGGCGGACAGGGUGCGAUGUGGUAGCGCGAGUCACGUCUUGAACGGGAUAGGACUCCCAGCGAGCAACACAGUCACGCCGCCGUCGCCACCACGGCAAGGGUCGUUUGCCGUGGUGUCCACUCUGCCACGCCUUGCCAGCAGCUCUCAGCAGCCGAUGUGGCUGACGAAUGCAAAUCGCGACGGGGAACUGUCGAAUGAAAUGCUGCUGGGCAGCCUCGCAGGAUAUAUGCCGGCAUCUGCAGUCACCUACGCGAACUCGGCCGCGGCAGCGCAGCGGUCCAUCAGUGCCACUGCAGCAGCGCCUUACCCCUCCGCCUCCCCUGCCGCCGCGUUACACCGCAGUGGCGGCCACGACCACAGCGCCGACUACCCACUGGAGACUCUCUCACAGUCUGUGCUGGAAGGUUCUCGGAGCCUCUCCGAGCAUGACGUACCCCAGGCUCGCCACAGCAGCGGGCGAGGUAGCGGUACGCCGUCUCUGGUGCUGCCACAGCAACGCCUCUCACUCGACGCCGGGGUGCAAGGCGGCGACGUCAUCAACUCCCCUGAUCUUCCUGGCACCAGGCAGUCGAUCACGGUGCUGAAAGUGACGCGCGACGGCAGGCCGCAAGAGUGGGCGCAACGAAGGUCAGGCGACUCCACCGCUCACGCAGGCAACGGCUGGAGUACGCUGGGAAUGCCUAUGGCACCAGCACAGCCCCCACGCAAGGCAUCCUUCAAUCAGGUAGACACUGCCACACCGCGUGGCUCAGCCAGCGCACGUGUGCUGCUAGAAAGCAUCGCCUCCAUCGGUGAAACCUUCACGACAGUGGACGCGGCGGACACCGCGGUGCCGCAGGCUGUGACCGUCGCUGAGCUUCGUCAGCGGCCAUCGCAGCCACAGCAGCAGCAGCAGCAGCAGCCACCCCUGCCAAGACCGCCGCGACACAGCUCCGCCUCCGUCAGCACGGUUCUUGUCCAGCAGCCGCCCUCCAUAGCAGCCAUCACGGCACCACGACAUAUUCGGCCACAAAACCGAGCCAACCCACGCGCCCCUGUCUCAGCUGCGGCCAAGUCAGCUCAGGCCGCGCCUUUUUCUAUGUCACCCUCGACGACCUCGUCACUGGUCGCCCCCACGCCACACAACGACUCCCGCUCGUCGCGGCAGUCAUCAUGCGGGGCCCCUCGUAGCAGUCACGGCCCUGAACUGUCAGCGACGGCAUUGACCACCACGAAUAGCAGCGCCACACCGCGUCACGGCCCCUCAUGCAAUGGGGCGGUGCGCGAGGCCGGGGAGCCGCUCCCUAUCGGGCCCGCCACCUUGCAGGUGUCGACAACCACUCUGACGAAGACGACCAAGAAAGUGCGGUACCUGUUGCCGGACGAGCCAUUUGACCCCGACGCGCCAGACCCGUCGGAUGCCGGCGGCCUGACGGCAGAGGAAGAGGCGGCGCUGCUGGACCCGGUCAACUACACCUGCGCCGCAGAUGAAGUGGCGAGUCGCUACCCAAUGCUGCUGCGCCGAUCCAGUGCGCAGGGCGGUGACCUGCUGCAUGGCCGUCCCGAACCUGCCGGCAAACGCCUGGAGAACGGUGCGCCGCGCCCGACGUUCCUCCUCGAUGACGGCAACCGCUGGUCGCGCGCAACGAACCGGCCUACCGUGGCGACGACGCGCGACCCGUCCGGAACGAUGACAACGCAGCUGCCCGCCCCGCGCAUCCUGCAGAAGACCAGCGUAGCCAACAAUUCCACGGCCCCCAACACAAACAGCGAGCCCUUCCCCGCCCACCAACGUGUCGCCGCCGGCGGCAGUAUGGUGCAGGCGUGCAAUGGAAAGGAGGCAGGUGGCUACUUGCUUCAGCGCCACGUUCAGCAAGUAGCCACCGGCAAUCAGCUUGUCAAGGGCACUGUCUUUCAACCGCCCUCGACGGGGAAGCGGCACACGAUGCGGCGGCGCCGCGAACACGACGAGAAUCGACCCAGCGCACGCGUCCUCCCACCGCAGCCACAGCAUCGGCGUCGUGGCACCAUGGAAGGUCUUUAUGAUGAGAUAUUGAGGCGCACGCAGCAGAACCGCCGCACCGCCCUGCCAACCACCAUUCCACCGACUGCUGCACCGCUGAGGGUCCUGGCUCUCCCGCCACCAGAGGCAGCAACACGAGCGGCGCCACCGACCACCGAGCGUCGCCGCAGGCCACCACACCUGUCCUCCGCGGAACCGAGACCUCUCCGCCGCGGCCCUGGUGUGAACCCCGGCGCCGCACCACCGUCGCGGUCGUCCUCGCAGCCGUACAUGCCCAUUGCCUGCUACAGCAGUGAGACGCCAAGCGGCAGCGAGAUGAGCAGUCGCAAUGAAUACUGCACACCCCUCCUGGACUCGGCACCACAGCUCCAGCAGCCGGUGUCGACACCACUGAAUGAGACGGGUGCCGCGGCCACUGGUAGCCCAGGACCUCGCCUCCCCACCUCCGUUCCCCACCCCCGCCCCGGCGCCCCACAACGGCAGCAGUUUCCAUCUUCAUCCGUAAUAGCAGACUACAGUGCAGCGGCGGUGUUGAGCAGCGGCAGUAGCACGCCUGGGUACACCUCUGGUCGCUUUAGUAAGUACAACGGCGCCGCUUUCGCACCUCCAGCUGCUAGCGAGGUGAUGCACUUCUGCAGUAGCGGCAGCGGAAAGCCGCAUCACUCCAUCCUCGGGUCAGAUGCGCCUCCUCCUCCACCUCCAGCGCAAGCGCCGCCCUCUCGGGUGUCCACGGCGUGCACUUCCCCUGCCGGCGUCACUCCACUCCCGCUCGCGAAUUACGAAAACCCGCGGGCGCAGCACUGCCAACGUCAGCUCUCCUCGGCCUACAGCGACAAUUCGGAUGUGCAAUAUGAGGAAGACGAGGAAGGGUACAGGGCUGCUCCGGUCGACGCGUACGAUAGCGAUACUGCUGACAAGGCGGACACCACUACUGACAUGCUCACCCUGCACAGACACGGCAGCUUCAACCACAGCGAGGCAACGCCGGCUCCGAGUGUCAGGAUGUCCGCUUCCGAUACGAACGGCGCCAUGACUGAGGCGCGCCGCUCACAGCUGCAGCAGUACAACCGUACCACCUCCGCGCAGGAAGCACCACAGACGAGUAACGACACUGGUUCAUCACUUCCGUGCCGAGGUCCGGCGCAGCCGCACGCUGAGGAGAGCCCGUCAAAGUGCACGGCAGCAGCGCACACGGGGAACCUGCCGACUGAAGAGAUGAGGCAGCCGCACUACGAGGCCCGCCCUCAUUACUGCAUGCAGGGCUCGGCGGCGCCGCCGCCCAACCCGUCUACAGUCACAUUCGCUGCCGCAUCCUUCUCCACUGCGUCUGCGCCGGCCUCCGUCACCUCAGAGGCGGAGUACUACGAAGCUCCCGAAAGCGCCAGCUCCUGUGGCACGGUCACGCAGCCCAUCGCCGUGUCCGAGCGCAGCGAGGACGAGAUGACCGACAGCGAGGACGACUGCCUGGUGAAAAAAGGCCCUUUGGUGCUGGUCUUUGGGGACGAGGUGUCCGCACCGGAGGGACACACUGACGUGAGGGAGUGGGACGGGUGCGAAGAGUACGAGGAACAGAGUGAGUACCGCGAGGGUAGCAACCAGGAGCCCGAGGAGCAGUCGUGGACUAGAGACUAG